AUGCCUAAGCAAGAGGUUUUUCAUCUUCAUCCUUUCGGCUGGGAGAAUGACCCAGAAGAAGAGCGUUUCAAAGUCUCAACCCUUGACUAUCUGACCGUAUGCACGUACAACAACUAUGCCCUCUUCUUUCGUGUGGAAGACGCAGAUAAGCCUCGAAUUGCCGAGGUACUGAAGGUUGGUCUGGAGCGUACCUUAAGCCAAGUUCGACAUAUCUGUGGCACUAUUGAGAAAGAUCCCUCUGAGGGCCAUUCUUUUGUCAAGAAGAAGGAUAGCACUGUUCAAUUUGUGGUCCAAUGGUUAGAUUCACCUGAGGAUAGCAAUGACUACCCAAGCUUUGAUGAGAUCGCCGAGGGUAAUUUUUGCACUUCGGUGCUUGGUGAUCUCGCUCGCUGGAGUGUCCCUCCCAUGACAUAUGGCGAGAAGCCAGAGGCCCAUCCUGAUAACAGCCCGGUAGUUGCAGCUUACAAGGCUAAUUUCAUUCGCGGUGGCUUGGUUUUUAUUAUGCAUCAUCAUCACUACUCGAAUGAUGUGAUGGGCUGGGCUGGACUCGCUCACCAGCUUGCUGAGAACUGCUAUGCGGUUGUCAAUGGGACACCAUUCCCAUCCUGGGAUCCCGCAUGUCUGGAUCUUUCUCGACUCACAAAGCCUCCAGUGCCAGAGGAGUUGAAAAUCGAUGGUCCUCCUGCGCCUGAGCGCCACCCGGACCAUAUCCCGGCAGAGAUGCUGCUCUUCCAUUUACCCAAGAGCAAAGCGGCCGAGCUAAAGAAGCUCGCUUCUCCAGAUGACGGAUCUUGGAUCUCCACAUACGAUGCCUUCUCUGCUUUUAUGUGGCGCACUGUCAUUCGGCUUCGAGCCCCUUUCUUUAAGCCCGAUCUUCCCAAGCCCCCGGCACGUAUCCAGCGUAACGUGAUGACUGGUGUUCUCUCAUCUACCGCUCCGGUCACGGCACCUACGGCUGCGGAGGUGAUCUCGGAGUGGCCAUUAUCCAAGUUGGCCUACUAUAUUCGCCAGCUGACAAACAGCGUCACACAAGAGGCCCUUGAUCAAGCUUUAGGUAUGGUGGCCACUGUGCGCGACCAGACUGCGUUGAAUAUUCGUAUUGACGCGCACCCACCAAUGUCACUUCUUCAAACGGAUCACCGCGAUGCCAAUAUCCCAGCUGCUGAUUUCGGUUUCGCGAAGCCGUUCACUUAUCGUCAUCUUAUUGACCGGUUAACCCAGGGUGUCAUCAUCAUUUAUCCGUCUCGCGAUCAUUCCCCUGAAUCUGAUGAAGGACCCGAAUUCUCCAUCUCGUAUGAGACCAGCCUCAAACAGGCUCUUGUUGAUGAUCCGGAGUGGAGGACAUACUUUGAGUACCGGGGUGUUGAUGCUAUUGAUGCUUCAGAUAAGAAUUAA